CGGCAUUGUGAAUGCAGCCCGGGCGAUGUGGUAUUUCUGUUCGUAGGCCGGAUCGAUCGCUGCUCGGAAAAUAUAGGCACUGUGCCUCGACGUCGGUAGAUCGACAGCCCACGAGAUCGACGAACACUCGAGGAUUUGUGCUCGAAUCGGCGGUUGCUGCUACUGCUGGGAGGUAGCCGAGCUUCUAUCCACGAUGGAACCUCCACCCGAGGCCGACCCGAUGGCAGAACAAAAGAAGAAAUUUGAGAGAUUGGGCGACCACGUGUACGAGCUCCAGCACGAGGAGGACCCGGAGGCCGUGAUCGUGUUCUUCCACGGCCUUUUGAUUCAGGAGACGGACACGGGCCACGCUUUCUGGAGCACGUGGACGAAGCGAAAUACUCUCGAAUGCUGGCCCGUGACGAUGCUUCCGAAAUUUUUGGAAAGCAGGGCAAAGAGAGAGAAGGGCGAGGAGAGUCCUCCUCGCCCAUUCAGAAUUCGUGUGCUCGCGGUCUCGUACGAGGGCAGGAUGAGCGUGCAUCCAGACAUCGGGACGGCCGGGACCGACAAGUACCUUCUCGCCGAGAGUUUAAUCAGUGAGCUCAUUCUGAGCCCUCAGGACUUGAUUCGAGGAUCAAAGGCGGUGGAGGACAACGACGUCCCCGUCUUUCUGGUCGGCCACGACCUCGGAGGGCUCAUAAUUAAGAAUUUCGUCAUGGAAGUGGAGAGGACAAUUCCCAAAAAGAACGAAGACGCCGAUGGAGAAAAACUGCAGAAUUUUCUCAGCAAUCUGAAAGCUGUGUUCUUCUACGCCACACCUCACAGUGGAUCGCAAGCCAUCGAGGACUUGGCCAAGCAAAUCCCCGAAGACUCACGCAAUCAGAUGCUCACUCUGAUGAGCGUUCUCGGUACUGAUAUGGCCAGAAUCAACUCAGUAUUCAGCACUUAUCGGUCCGGCAUUGGCGACAAUCUGAACCAUCCACGAUUCGAAAAUUACGGCAUCGUUCCGACGAGUUUAACCAACCAGAGGGGUUUCGUCAGGACGAUGGUCGUCCUGGAAGCAUCUGCUAGAUGUGAUAUGGACAUAUUUUUCUCGGUUGAAGCUGAUCACUUUCAGGUUUGCCAGCCUCAAGCCACUUGGUCCGGUUCCAUAACGCACCUCGGUGACAAAGUUUACCACGAGGUGUCGAAAAUCAGAAAAUUAGAAUAUUAAAACUAUUAAAAUAUUGCUGCUGCUGGACGUCCAUUAAGACUCCAGCAGUAUUGAAUGCUGUGAUUGUCGUUAAUCGAUGCAAAAAUUUCACUGACAGGUUUAGUGUAUUAGAUUCGGGAUAAAGUGACUUGCAUGGUAGUCGGAUGGAAUUACUGCAACAGUCGAAGUGAACCCUCCGGCCGUGAUCGAGAGACGUAACAUGUUGAAAAGGGCUUCGACAUGCUUCGACAUUGUAUAGAGCUUUGAAGUGUUAAUUAGGUUCGAUGCGAAAUUCACUUCGCCUUCUGCUCUGGAACUAUUAGGAUUAACUUUACAGCUUCCUGUCUUUGUGAAAGCUCUAAACUAGAAUCGUGCUCGACUUUUGUACAUGUCAUCUACAUAAAAAUCCU